AUGUGGAUACUCAGAGAACAUCGAGUUAUAUUUCAUAGUCUUAAAUUUGUUCAAAUUAUCUUAACUAUCAUAGUUCUCACAGUAGAACUUAUUCAGUAUGCAGUAUAUGUUAAUAUAAGUCCGGAUUCACCCGAAUAUGUUGCUGUAAAUUUUUUUAGAAAUGGAGAACCAGUUAAAAUAUGGAUUUUCGUUGUAUUCUCACUCACUCUAGCAGCUCUCGGAACGUAUGUUUAUCAUUUUAAGAAAAUCUGGAAUAAAGGACCUUACCUUUCCCUUGACUUAACGUUGGCUGCUUUAUGGUUUACUUCUGCCAUAGCAAAUUUGGAUCCUGCAUUUCAACACCAUCCAAUAUUAACUUGUUCAUCCGCAAAAUCAACUUCAUUAACAUCAAUUUGCAAUAUUUGGGCAACGAGCAUAGUAUUAUGUUGGUUAAACAUGUUAAUAUUUAUUAUAUCUGUAUUUAUAUCAUGGCGUGUUAAACAAGAAAAGCGUAAAGGGAUCUAUUCUUUCCAUAAGCCUACCGUUGCGCCCGAAAUAAAGAAAAGAACGAGUCAAAGACAAUCUGUUUUACUGAAAAAAGGUCUUGAAAAUCCUGAACUAUCCCAACCUGUUAUGUUGGAAUCCGGGAUUAAACCUUUAAUGUUGGUACAAUUAGCUAAUUCCAGGUGA